AACAUUUAAGUUUGAACAUCCGCAACAACUACACCGCCACCGCCAACAUCGACUGUACUGAAAUGAAUAACGAAUAUUUAUACAGCAUUGUAUUACGUUCGUUACAGUCUUUUUUCGAUACUUAAACACUUGUUUGUAAAUGGAUAUGAAAACAUUAUAUUACAGUCGGAAUAUAUUAGAUAAGCGGUUAUUAAGACAAGAACUGCCUAUCUCGGUGACGUUUUUCAUUUCUGAAAGUGCCUUGCAUACGAAAACGUUACAUAAGAUUGCAUUUCGGGAAAAGGAAGUAACUUUACAAUCCCUCGUCUGAUCAAAUCAUGCUUACUGACAAGCAUUUCAAGGAACUGGAAGACAAAGGUUACACGGUCGUCGAGAACGUGAUCAGCAAGGCGGACUGUGACCAUGCAGUGAAUGAGAACAAGCAGUGGUUGACCCACUUCGGGAACAACUUCCCAAAGUGCUUCAAUUCCAUAAUUAAAGAUCACAAUGUUGGUCACAUGGAGACAACGUGGCGAUUGAGACUCAAUACAAAGCCUGUGUUUGCUCAGUUGUGGCACACUGAGAAACUGUUGUCCAGCUUUGACGCUAUCGCUAUAAGGAGACCACCGGAAGACGGCGUUGAAGAAUUUCAAAAACCAGACGGGUAUUGGUUACACGUGGAUGUGACGCCAUCGCGGAUUGGGUUGCAUGCUUACCAGGGAGCGCUUUAUCUCGAAGAGCAGACGAAAAACGAUUGGACAUUUCUGGUCAUGGAAGGCUCCCAUAAACACAUCCUGAAACGAUUCGACGAGUAUCCGGAAAAGGCGGAAAGGGCGCGUAAAAUGGGAUUCUAUUAUAGUUUUGCGCCGGACGACGUGGAUUAUUUCAAGUCUAUGGGCUGUCGACUCACAAGGGUUCCUGUUGGCAAAGGUGGCAUGGCCCUUUGGGAUUCCAGACUGGUGCAUGCUAAUGCUCGACCUCUUCCGAAGCGCAAACACGCGGGUAGGUGGCGCUAUGUGGCUUUCAUUUCAAUGACACCAGCAAUAUGGGCCAACGAAGUUGACAUAGCAGUACACCAGGAAGCGUAUAAAAAGCCGACCCUAACGACACACUGGUCGUCACAAGGUGUACGCGUAUUGCAAACAUCAAAGACUCCAUGGAUACCGUUUCCUGAUACUGUGCCUGAUAUUGCACGCACGGAAGAAGCUUUACAAUUAUCGGGAAUGGUUCCCUAUGACUUUGAGGAUGGUAAACCAAACGGAGAUUCGUUCACACCUUCUUGGCGCAAACUGGAGGCACCUCUCGCUCCGGAACUAGAUCUCGAACGUCACUAUGCAAAUGGACACAUAUAAAGCAGACAGCAAGUAUAAUGAUGAAAAAAAUACAACGAUCAUUGAAGGAUCGAGUCAUAGCAAACAUUAUAUUAAAGCGAGUUUAGUCGUUUACUAUUGAUCUUGUAUUUGUACUAUUAUUUGGAUGCAAAUGGUCGUUUUAGUACAAUACAAAUAACGUCCCUCACACACGUCAGUUUAUAACUUGCUAAAUUAAGGUGCAUUCCAAAUAUAUUAAUAAUGUUUCGUAUACAUGUAUAUAAUAUUUUUUAAAAGAACAUUUAUAGAAAAAGUAAAUCAAUUAAUUUCAAACUAUACGUUCAAUUAAUAUAUUGAAUUUUACUUGUACGUUACCGAAAUACGCACCCUUGUGCGCUUAAGAAACGUUAUCUACUAUAUAGCGUGUUUUGUAUUUCAUUUUUAAAUACAAAUUAAAAUUAUCACAAAAUAUAGGGUGGCUAACCUUUUCAUAAUAAUUUUCUUAAGCAGCAUGUAUAUUUCUUACUUUAAUUGAAUGCGUAUGCGGCGCUCUACGAUUGUGUGUGAUACUUUAAAUUUAUUUGUGUCAACUACAGCGGUUCAUUUAACCCAUUUAUGCCUAGUGAACUCUCCCAUCCUUCUAAAUUGGAUCAAUGUAUUUAAAAUAUUAGGGAUGUCUAGUAUAUUUAUUUCUAUAUUUAGAAUAUUUCUUACAGAAAUUCCUUUAAGCAAACAGCGCAGCAUCAUGCGGCGUCUAAUCUGGGUCUACGCUGUUUCCCAAGGAAUUUUUUUCUAGACGCUAGGCAUAAAUAGGUUAACAGUUAGUAUUUAUUUCAUUAACAAGCUUGAAAACAAAAGCUUAUUGUACAUUAUUGUUUACCUUUCAUCCACAUUUUGCUGUAUGGGUAUCUUGAUAAUAGAUUAUAUGUAAACACGU